UGGAUUCCAAGUAUAAAAGCACAUCAUUCGACUGAUCAUCUCAAACAAGUCGAAUAUCUUAAAAAACCAUUAAAAAUGAAGUUGCUUCUGGUUCUGGCAUGCAUCGUCCUCUAUGCGUCUAUUUCCUGUGCCCAGCAGCGCUGCGUCGGUCGUCCCAACAAUCAAAAUUGCAUCGGGGGCAAGCAUGAAGGACAUGGAAGAGUCUCCUCUUGUCGAGGAAAUGCUAUGGAUGAAAUGUGGUACUACAACCAGCGAUCCAGGAAAUGCCUUAAGAUGAAGUACCUGGGAUGUGGGGGCAAUCGAAACCGUUACUGCUCCUUAAGGCACUGCCAAAGCUCGUGUCCUUGAAAUGGAAUAUAUGAACACAUCUUGAUUUUGAUCUUAUAUGCAAUGAAAUAAAAAAACAAUUUUUAUAA